AUUCUGCGCCAAUUGGAGCUGUUAGCAUAUGUCCAUGUUCUGUAGCAGCGAACAAGUGCUGUAACUAAGUGAGUUGUACAUGUGAUGGCGAGAUGACUCGGGGGACUCCAGCUAUCCUCUCAGCGAUACAUAUUCUUACGAAACCUCUUGGUGAAGCGUCUGCACAUGAUGCUCAGUCCUCACACCAAGAGGCUCUCCUGGCAGUGCUGCGGGCCAACAGGGCCCUUCUUCACGAGAGGCUUCAGAGUGACAGCAGCUUUGAGGAGGUGAGGAGGCUCAGGGAGGAGGUGAUUGUGGCGGCGGACUGGUUCAAUGGCGACACAGAGGACCCCACAUGGGGUUUUGUCCAGGAGUGUCUCCUACUGCUCCUCACGUUAGUGCGGCACCUGUCAGCAGAACUCAAGCUUUUCCAGCACACCCCCACUCCGUCUGCAGCGAGACAGCGCACCUCUGAGAUGGCGCCACGUUUACCUCCUGAUGUCCUCAGUGUCGGCCAGCAGCAGACGCUUGGAACGGCCCUUCAGUUUGUGGUUUCUCUGGGGCUCUGCCCAUACUUGGCCACUGGAGUAGGUGUGCCACUGGGUCGCAGGUCAACGUUUGGAGCCAUGGUGGACAAACUUGUCCGCUGCGGGGCAGUGCCAGCAGCUGGACACAGGCUUUUCACCACCACAAGCGUUCUAUUGCAGUUGACAGAGCUGUCAUCUCUCGCCACAUUGGUGUUCACACGGCAUCUGGGAGAUGUGUUGGCAGCAUUGUGCCAGCUUGGCUACCAGCCAUGCCGCACAGAGAGAAGCGGCACAGAGGAGAAGAAGACUCUUUUUCAGAUGCAGGAGCUCAGUGCUGAGGAAUGUCAAACUUGCAAGGAGGCUCUCAAAAGUCUUCUAGGAAAGGUCUACCAGCCAAUGAUUAUCAAGGAGCUGCUGAUCCUCCAAGGUGGAUCCAAACAGUCCGGUGCAGGGGGAAGCUCCCAUGGUUCCAGCAGCAGGGCAGCCUCGGGAUCAGCUCCCACCUGGCUAAAGGGUCUGUGUGGUCAGUUGCUGUCUAAGCUCCUGAUGCAGCCUAAGGGUGUCCAGGCUGUAGUCAGAGCCAUCUUGGAGGGAGGAACAGGGGGUGAGUCCGACUGGAGGAAAUGUGACUGUGUGGCCAGGAUCCUGGUGACCUGCCCUCAACAGUCUGCCUCAGCAGAUACCUACUACAGACAAGUCUGUCAUCAGAUCCUUGACCUCCUGCACUUCAAGGACAAGCUGACAGCCCAGCAGCAUCAACGUGUGGCCACCAGGGCAGUGCUCUUCAUGCUGCAGGAGAAGCCCAGCAUGGCCCAGCAGUACCUGCUCACUCCUCUGCUCAGACCUCUCCACCACUGCACCACUGCUUCCAACGAGGGUAAUUUACAAGCUGCUGUGGAGGAAUGGGAGCUCACACGUUGUAUGAAUGACGUGUACAAGAUCUGGGUGGUCGGAAACAGUCCGUCAGCUUCUCUUCUCAAAGCUCUGGAACAAGUUCUCCCUGUGAUAUUCUCCCUCUUCUGUUUCACCAAGCAGAACGUCUCCCACCUACGCGCCCCCUGUCAGGAGAUCUUGCUUUGGUACCUGAGGCACGCUGAGAAGCCUGCGGCCCUUUCAGCACUGAGACAGCUUUCAGGUCUGCAGGGACAGAAGAACGAGGUAGCAGCAGACUUCCAUUUCACCCCGGGCAGCGAUGGAGGAGCCAGGCUGAGCUCCAGGGAGAGAUGCAGUGAAGAGGACGAUGCUCUCUAUGAGAAGCUGUCAGGAGAGCAGUGGAGGCUGGAGUGUCUUAUGCAACUGUUGGCUGAACUCAAAGACCGUGACCUGCCUGGAGACUUCUUCCUUGACCUGCUGCAAGAGCUGGCCAGCUGGGCAGCAGCAACAGAUGAAGACAAGGAAGAUGAACCGGAGCCGUACGUCUCAACUAUGACACUUCUGGAGGUGGAGCGGCGGCUGCUGGCUCCAUCUUCGAGGCGAGGCCAGAGACUCGCUUCGCUUCAGGUGUUGGCUGUGAUGGUUGAUUGUCUGCAGCAUACUGUGCUGCUGAGAAAAACCUCACAGGUAGUGGACUUCUUGAUGUCCAUGCUUCAGAGGGCCUGCGUGGGUCUGGAUCAGGCCCCUGGUCCACAUCUUGGAAACCCAGUAGAGAGCGAAACACUGCGCAUGGGGAUGGGAGUUGUGGCCACUCUGCUGUCUGGACCUGAGAUUAGUAUAGAGGACUACUCUUCAAUGUCGAGACUGCUCCCACUACUGGAGUCGCUGUCUCAGAAGCAUGCUGACGUGGUCAUCCAGGAGCUGGCUACUGACCUCAGAGCUGUCAUUGCCACUCACGGUGCCUACCGGCCUGAAAACUUCCCCGCUGUCGCGCCGCCCUCCAGAAACCCUGAAACGACAGUCAAGAACAACAGCGUGCCUUCGAGGAAAAAGCAGAAUAUGCAAACCGAAGCUAACAACUCACGGAUAAAUCCUCAAUCAUCCCUACCAGACAGUAAUUCACCUAGCAACACCCAAAACAGACAUCCAGCGAGAGUAAGUCCAGAAGGUGGAGGUAGAACCUCUGGAACCAGGAACCUUUCCCUUCCUACCAAGCCCUUGUCUGAUUGGCUGCUAGAGGCCUGUGACCCGGAUGUGCCAACAAGAGCGUUUGCCCUGAGGGUCCUGACCCAGAUGGUGCAAAACAAAAACCCAGAGGCUGUCCAGGCCCAGGAAAAAGUCCUCAUGCUCUUUUUAGAAAACCUAGAGCAUGAAGACUCAUUCAUCUACCUGUCAGCCAUUCAAGGUCUGUCUGCAUUGGCUGAUUCAUACCCCGAGAGGAUUCUGGAAAGGCUCCUGAAAGACUUCCAACAUGGACCCUCCCUCCCCACAUCCAACAAGGAGCACUCCCUGGAAUCUCGCCUCAAAGUAGGAGAAGUCCUGAUGAGGGCGAGCAGGGCUAUGGGAGAACUGGCGGCCCACCUCGGUCGUCCUCUGAUCGUCGUCUUCCUGCAAGGAACCAGGGACCCGGACCAAAGUGUCCGGGCCAGCAGUCUGUCCAAUCUGGGUGAGCUGUGUCAGAAACUGGACUACACCCUGGGACCGCUGGCCCAAGAGCUCAGCUCCUGUCUGACUGCUCUGAUAAAGACAGAGAUGGAGGCAGAGGUGAGGAGAGCUGCUGUCCAUGUUAUCACCCUGCUGCUCCGAGGCCUUGGCGACAAAACCACCCAGGUUCUCGGUGAUGUUUUGUUGGACCUGUACCGAGCUCUAAAGUGGGUGGUUCGCUCAGACCCGGAUGAUGUUGCCGUGCUCCAUGCCCAGCUGGCUCUGGAGGAGAUUGAUGACCUAAUGAGGAGGUUCAUCUUCCCUGAACAGAAGCUGGAGAAGAAGAUUGUUGUCCUGCCAUAGACUUUAUGGACUUUGUAUAUGCUCUCCCUCUAGGCAGCACUAGUUCUGCCUCCAUGUGAAGUGGAUUUAAUGGUAGCGCUGGACGUUUCAGAGCUACAGGACAACACUACUGUAACAGCACUGUCUUUCCUUAAGAAGAAAAGAACCGGAACCGUAUCUACCAUCAUGUUCUGCUGUACUACAAAUAGUCCACUUCCAAAAUAAAGUUUCAAAAACAUAUUGUUCGGAAUUUAAAACAUGUGGGGGAUGCAGGACAUAAGAAAAAGUAUACUGUGACAUGCAUAUAAAAAGAGAAUUGUUCUAAGAAUGACAACAAAUGUAUAUUUAAAGCAACAGCACUUAAUGACUAGGAGGAGGUGGUCAGGGGGAUGUGAUAGUUACUGAAAUAGAUGCGCUAAAUUAAAUUGAGUACAGCCACUGAAAUGUAUCAUAAUAAGAAAUACUCAUGCCCGUGGACUUUAAAAACAAAAAAAUUUUUUAAUGUUCAAUCACUACAAUUAGCUGGUUGAUAACUUUUGGAGCUACCAGCAGGUGUAAGCUAGAUUUCAACGAAGAGAAGAUUUUGUUAGUUAGUGUUAUUGAAUGCAGCAAGUUAUCUUAAUUACUUGUGAAUGCAAAUCUGUUUCUAUGUAAAAUGAUUUUAAGAGUUUUAUGCUAAUGCAGAAUUGUCUUUUUACCUCCUUGAGACGAAUACAGACAAGUGUUUUUGUGUUGAAGGAACCGUUAUACUUCUAACAAGUGCGCCUAGUGUCGUUACUUUAGUUUUCUACACAGACGUGGUCUCGUACAAAGCUGUAUUUGCAUCUUCAUAACUUUGAAACCUAGUGUAAUGCCCAUCCAGAAU